GGGCGCUCGCUGCGCGGCCGUGGCGGCGAUGGGGGAGCGCGGCGCGGGCCGGGCCGGCGUGCGGGGCGUGUGAGGGCAGCGGGACGGACCCAGCCCAGCCCAGCCCAGCCCGGCCGGGCAUGAGGAGGCUUCCUGCUCUGAAUGUGUUUCUUUGCAAAAUGAAUAUUGCAUUGUUUCAGAAAGAUUGGACCCUCCAGUAGAAUUUGAAAAGAUCACUGCACAUAAAUCAAGAGCGUAUUUUUCUUGAAGACUUCUGUGCAGCUUUUAAAGUUUUAAUCACAAUGAAUUCAGGCUUAUGGAGUCAAGAGAAAACAAGUUCAUCCUAUUGGGAAGAGCGGAUCUUUUACUUGCUUCUCCAAGAAUGCAGUGUCAUUGACAAACAGACUCAGAAGCUCUUAAAAGUGCCCAAAGGUAGCAUUGGGCAGUUUUUUCAAGACCGUUCUUCUGUGGCACACUCCAGAAAYAUUCCAUGUAAAGGCAAGAAACUGCAGAUUGGAUUAAAGAUUCUGGAACAACCUCAUGCAAUCUUGUUUGUGGAUGAGAAGGAUGUUAUAGAAUUAAAUGAAAAACUAGCUGAGUUGCUUCUGGCUAUUACUAAUUGUGAGGAAAGAUACAGUUUGUUUAAAAGCAAAAGCAGAUUAGCUAAAGGCGUCCAGAUAGAUAUUGGCUCACCUGUUAGAGUACAACUGAGAGCAGGGGAUGAGAAAUAUCCUGGAGUUGUUCGCUUCAGAGGACCCUUAAUGCAAGAAAGGUCCCUAACAGGGAUAUACUUUGGAGUAGAGUUGCUGGAAGAAGGUCGCGGUCAGGGCUUUACUGAUGGACAGUACCAAGGCAAGCAGCUUUUCAGAUGUGAUGAGGAUUGUGGGGUUUUUGUUGCUUUGGACAAACUGGAGCUGAUGGAAGAUGAUGACAAUGAACUGGAAAGUGACUAUGCAGCUCCAGUUGACGCAAUGCAGGUAGAACUUCCUCCUCUGGAGAUCAACUCCAGGGUUUCUCUGAAGAUAGGAGAGAGUAUAGAGUAUGGGACAGUUAUAUUCUGUGAUGUCUUACCAGGAAACGAGAGUUUAGGAUACGUUGUUGGAGUGGACAUGGAUAAUCCGAUUGGAAACUGGGAUGGAAGAUAUAAUGGAAUACAGCUGUGCAGUUUUGCAAGUGUUGAAAGUACACUUCUUUUGCAUAUCAAUGAUGUUAUUCCAGAGACUGUGUCACAGGACAGGAGACCUCCCAAACUUGCCUAUACCUCAAGAAGUGGUGACAAAAGCUUGUUCAAUCAUAGUAAGCCAAAGGCUAUAGGAUCUACCUCUGAACCUGGGAAUAGAAGCAGAUCUGAAGUUUUCUACACAUUAAAUGGCUCAUCAGUUGACUCUCAGCCUCAAACAAAAACAAAACCCCCAUGGUAUAUUGAUGAAGCUGCUGAAGACCCUUCAAAAUCACUUACUGAUUCAUCUUCUGGAUUUGGGCAUUCUUCACCACCACUGCAGCCACCUUUAACAAACUCUGUGUCUACAGAAAACAGAUUUCACUCCCUCCCUUUUAGCCUGACAAAAACAACAAGUCCUAAUGGUACUAUGGGACACAGUCCUCUCUCUUUAUCUGUUCAGUCAGUCAUGGGUGAUGUGAAUACUACAGCUACCCAGGAGAGUCCAUCAACAGCAAGCCCAAUUGGGAACUCACAUGGUCUUGAAGCAGGUUCCUUGGCUGAAGUUAAAGAAAAUCCUCCUUUCUAUGGAGUAAUCCGCUGGAUUGGCCAGCCCCCUGGAGUAAAUGAAGUAUUAGCAGGACUGGAACUGGAAGAUGAAUGUGCAGGCUGUACGGACGGGACAUUUAAAGGAACUCGAUACUUCACUUGUGCUCCAAAGAAAGCUCUUUUUGUUAAACUCAAAAGCUGCAGGCCAGAUUCCAGGUUUGCCUCACUGCAGCCUGUUUCCAACCAGAUUGAGCGCUGCAACUCUCUAGCCUUUGGAGGUUACUUAAGUGAAGUGGUAGAAGAAAACACUCCUCCAAAAAUGGAAAAAGAAGGUUUAGAGACAAUGAUUGGAAAGAAGAAAGGUAUCCAGGGUCAUUACAACUCCUGUUACUUAGACUCCACCUUAUUCUGCCUGUUUUCUUUUAGCUCUGUUUUGGAUACUGUGCUACUCAGACCUAAAGAAAUGAAUGAUGUAGAAUAUUAUAGUGAGACUCAGGAGCUGCUGCGGACAGAGAUUGUGAAUCCUCUGAGAAUAUAUGGCUAUGUAUGUGCUACAAAAAUAAUGAAACUGAGGAAAAUACUUGAAAAAGUUGAGGCUGCAUCAGGAUUCACUUCAGAAGAAAAAGAUCCAGAAGAAUUUUUGAAUAUUUUAUUUCAYCAUAUUCUAAGAGUUGAGCCACUGUUGAAAAUAAGAUCAGCAGGUCAGAAAGUACAAGACUGUUACUUCUAUCAAAUUUUUAUGGACAAAAAUGAGAAAGUUGGAGUCCCAACGAUUCAGCAGUUAYUGGAAUGGUCAUUCAUCAACAGCAACUUGAAGUUUGCAGAGGCACCCUCUUGCCUGAUUAUCCAGAUGCCUCGGUUUGGAAAAGACUUCAAAAUGUUCAAUAAAAUUUUUCCAUCCUUGGAACUGAAUAUAACAGACUUACUUGAAGACACUCCCAGGCAGUGCCGAAUCUGCGGAGGGCUCGCCAUGUAYGAGUGCAGGGAAUGCUAUGAAGACACUGAAAUUUCUGCUGGCAAAAUCAAGCAGUUCUGCAAAACGUGCAAUACACAAGUUCAUCUUCACCCCAAGAGACAGAGUCAUAAAUUCAAUCCAUUGUCACUUCCUAAGGACCUGCCAGACUGGGACUGGCGGCACGGCUGCAUCCCCUCCCAGAAGAUGGAGCUGUUUGCAGUUCUGUGCAUCGAAACCAGCCACUACGUAGCUUUUGUCAAGUACGGCAGGGACGACUCCGCCUGGCUCUUCUUCGACAGCAUGGCAGAUCGGGAUGGAGGUCAGAAUGGCUUUAACAUUCCACAAGUUACUCCAUGUCCAGAAGUUGCUGAAUACCUGAAGAUGUCUUUAGAAGAACUGCACUCACUGGAUUCUAGAAAAAUCCAAGGUUGUGCACGAAGACUGCUUUGUGAUGCUUACAUGUGCAUGUAUCAAAGUCCAACGAUGAGUUUAUACAAGUGAACCAGGAUCUCAGCAGAACUGAAGAGACAGUACAGAGUUACCCACUCCGGGGUUUGCUGCAGUUUGGGUAGUUCAAUGCAACCGUUGCUGGCAAUGGAAGAAGUUGACUGUGACAUCAAGAGGAUUUACUGUUCCGAAAACUACAUAUGGAGUUCUGUAACUGAAGUAUUUAAGCAUUUUGCACUCUAGGAAGUGUGCUUGUGUGUGUUUGUUUUAUAAACAAAGUUAAGUUACUAAAACUUAAAAGCUUUAAGUGCAUUGAKGAUACACAGGCUUGUUUGAAAUGUUAAAGGUGAUAUUAUAUCAGGAGAAAUCUCCUUAUUCCAUUGAGAAUGUAAGGGUACAAUGUUCUAGCUCAGUGCAUUUCUGUGGACAGAUGAUGAUUCUCAUGUGUUUCUCUACCCCCAYACUGUCUCCUCACCCUUGAUCUUUUUAGCACCAUAGAUUCUCUCUCAAAUAGAGAAUAACUUAGUAAGGUAACUUUUAGAGUUUUGCAUAUUAUGUUCUGUUACCUACUACAUUCUGUUCGGUCCCAAAAAUUAAUGUUUAUUUAAAGAUCUGAAUCCCUGUCGUGUGAAAAUCAAGCACACAGACUUGCUGUGUUGUUAGCUUGCAAUUGUUGGAGGGGAAAGAGAGGAAAAGAAGAGGGUAUUAAGGGGAAGCAUAAUUGCUAAAAUAUAAAAUUAGCAAUGAAAGUCAACAGAUGUCUUUUUCUAAGUUUCUAUUUUUAAAGAAACAAAGCAGUCUGGAACAGAACAGCAACUGUACACAAAUGAUUCCAGGACAAAACAAUAAAAUCAUGGAUUGCCUCAGGGAAUGUUACUGAAGUGAAUUCUAGUCCUUGGUAAACAGAACUGACUUUUCUACAGUACAUUAAGCUACUGCCUGGGAAUAUGCUAUACAUCUGAGUCUUCAUUUCAGGAUUAGUAAUAUUGAAAAGAUAAUACUAAAAAUCUCUGUCUGGAAAGAUGAAACUAUAAAUAAAGGUAGAUCAAUUUUACUGUACACCAAGUACCUGAYGAAAACUAACUUGAAAAGCUGCAAAACUUGUGUUAAUGUAAAAAAUACUAUCCUUUGAAGUCUGUUGGUUCCUGUUUGCAAUGAAAUACUGUUGUUUUAGUUGCCUUUUAGCUACUUCUGUCUACACUGACUAGCAAACAUUCAAYUAUAUAUAUACAGUAACAUCCAUUUGUACAAAUUGCACAUAUAUCAACUGUACAUUUUCAACUCUUAAGAUGUUUUAUAUGGAAACGUCCUUUUUUGGGAUCAGGUCUGUAGGUGGGAAAMGAUAAAAUAUAACAGAGGAAAAACCACUUUGAAAUAGCCACAGUUUUAAAGGCAAUGGAGACUAAUCCCUUAUUGUAGAAAAUGUGGUUACUUUGUUUUUCUUGGAAAACCUAGAACUUUUUUUUGGGACACACUCUACUAUAGAAGGGUAGUGGAGAGAGGGUUGAAACUGCUCARAGGACUAACCUGUGUAAAGCAGGGGCUGAGGGGGGGUUGAUUGUUCUGUUAGCCUUUGCACUAAGUGUGCUCUAAUCUUGCAAGAGCAACAAGGUUAUUGGAAGAGUUACUUUGCCUCAAAGAGUCUCCAGGCUUUCAURUUCCCUUGCCUUAUUUAUCUAGUGUCUGCUCCUUGGCAAAACUGUCCUUUGCUUCAGUACCACCAUGAGCCCCUGCCAUGAGGGAUGGAGGUGUGAGCAGCAUCCCCUUGAACAAGGAGCAGGCAAAGGCCCAAGCACAAACCUGUACCAAUGAGACCAGUCUGAAUGUCUGGAUUCUUUCUCUUCCCAAGCCCUGGAUUUAUUUAUUUGACUUUUCCCAAUGCAUUUAUUCCAUAUGCCUUGCACUGCUGUCAUCUUUCCCAGCCCCCAGCCUCAUUACAUAUGGUUAACCUCUUCUGCCUCAACUUGGAGAGCAGCCUUGGACCUGCUAUGGCCUGAGGAGAGAAUUGGAAUUGGCAGCCAYGUUAAAGUUUCCUAGGUGAAUAAUCUUGUAGCAAAUCUCCUCUUUUUUACAACUGCAAAGUAUCCAGUUUUUCAGGAUACAUCCUCUAUUAGCAGAAGUGAAUUAAUACAGAUGGGUGUAAAUAAACUGCUUGGCUCCUUGCCUCCAAUUUUCUGGCCUUUCAGUGAGAAAGGAGGUUGUGUGAAUUCUUCCUGUGGGACAUGUAGGGAAUGUUCUUUAYUGUGCACACUUCUUGGUGGCAAAUACUGUGUUUGGAAAAAAGGCAGGCAGUGCUUUACAGCCUGUAUUUUGUACUAUAGAUUAUUGCAAAAUGGUACAUAGUUCUGCAAGCAGUGUAUGAUUACAGCAUUAGUYUGUUGUUUACCAGUUAAGAGAGCAGAGGUGUCUUCUAUAGCAUGCAAAAAAAAUAGUGUUGGCAAUCAAGGAGUCUUCUUCUAAUUUAAAAUGUAUUGCUGUGUGCUGUACUGCACUGCAUUUGAGGUGAUCUGGCAAUAUAAGUGAAAUGUUAUGGAAACUAACCCCAAUUUUAGUUCCUUUCUCAGAAACAAGUAUACAAACAGGAAAGUGACUUCACUGUGAAAGGAAACUUGUAAAAUAACUUAUAUGCAAGGGUAAGAAAGGGUUUUUUUUUUUAGCCUUCAGUCUAUAUUUGUAGGGGAUUUGAAUAAGCUGUUUUGAAGCCUGCAUUUUAAGCAUCUACUGCUGUUAACUGUAAUGCCCAAAGAUUCUAGUGACUAAGCACCCAACAUUUAUGUUGUUUAAUGCAUUUGGAAACCACCCAAUCAAUUCUUUUCUCUUUUUUUUUUUUUUUUUUUUUUUUUUUUUUUUUUUUUUUU